AUGUCCAACCGCCGCAAACUGCUAAUCAUGCAAGACCGGCUCAGAGAACAUCAUCGUUCACACGAGACCGCCAUCAAGGACAGCCAUGACAUCAUCUGCCGUCGCAGGGCUCCUCUCAGUGGCAUCCUUCAUGCAGUAGAGGGCCGAUGGGGCCUGCACCGGCGUUCUUACCUUCUGUUUCUUUUCCCCCCUCCACUUCAUCGGUGCGGCGGCGGAGGCGGCGGCGACUGGGGCCCGGACCAGACCUCCUCCAUCAGGGAGGGAAGGAUGAUCGGAAAUAACCGUACUCCACUGGCUCUCCUCGGCCGGUGUUACCCCCGGAUGGUCCACGGUCCCAUCAUUCAGAGGAGCAGCAUGAGGUCACCGAUGGAAUGCAACUGGUGCAUUGGAGAAUUCAUGGCGUCGAAAGAUCGACGGUCUGCGCUUACUGAAGUGCACGUCCCUGCAGAUCGGCACUUAUACAGGCCGAGGCCUGGAAGAGUCUGCAGGCCGCCUAAGAAUCCAACAAGAGGUAUGAUGGUUGACAGCGAGCCAUCAUGGUGGGGAGGAAGGGAGCUUGUCCCAGGAGCUAGUUGCACAAUAUGUGUGAUAGAGAGAAGGAGGGAGACUAUGGGGACGCGAUGUGUCAUGGUUGAACCUAAAAGUGAAAGGACGCUAGUUGACUAG